CAAGGUAAACUUCUCUCCGGUUUCCUCUCUUUGCUUUCCGGCUACUCACAACACCCUACCCAGGGGUCUGUCAAAAUUCACACCGAUAUUAUGUCUCCGACCAAAAAACUCAAAUAUUCUAAGGCUCUAUUUUUUGAGUUUUUUUAGAGUAUUUUUUGAAGUAUAAUCACUUUUUAUGUUUUUUUUCCAGAGAAAUUUGUUGUAUUAAUUGUGUAGUCAAUUUCGAAAGAAUCUUGAACCAGCUUGUGGUUGGAUGGUUAAGAGGACGGCAGUAUUCCCAGCCCAGGACGGUUCAAGUCCUAGCCUUAGACAUUGAUGGUCAUAUUUUUUUUUAUUUAUUUCAGGUCUUCCAGCGAUUUGCGUUCAGUGGGAGAAAACGUUUCCGUUGACUAUGAAGGCGUUUGUUGUGACUUCGUCAACAGGGGUGAGUGUAUGUGUGUAUAUGCAUGAAUGUUUGCUUCUGUAUUGUGUUUAUUUUUUUUCUAAAUAAUAGUUUUCUAGAGAACAAGGCCCCCAUUCGGCUCCGGAGCGAGCCUAAUUUCUCAUGGGCUGAUUUCACUGAAAACUUUUUCUUUGUCUUGCCCAGCCACGAAGUAGACUCUCUCAGCCCGUCUGCUGCGCGAUCUAGUCGACAAGGUAGUCCCCAACGCUUCCAAGGGGCGCCGGCGGCUGGGGUUUCUUCCUCUCCGCCUCCAGCACCUGCGGGCUCGCCGCCGGUUGGACCUGCACAGCGUGCGGGAUUGCGUCCUCGCCUGGCGACGUUGCCGUGCAUUGCCCGUCGAGUCUUUUUCCUCGGCGCGCCGCCCUCCCGCAGCUCCGUCGCCUUCUCUACCACGAUGGUAAGCUGCUAUGCGUCAACCAAAUGGUGGCGUGUUUGUUGUUGAGAUCUCAUUGUUAUCAGAUUCAAAUCUGGGCUGUGUUUCGUUCAAGGUCCGAUUUCGCCGGUUGAAACCUGUUGAUCUCUCAGUUUAAGGCUCAUAUUUGCUAGCUUGCAAACUGAAUUUUUGUUAGAGGAAGUUCUGUCUGCUUCGCAAGCCUGCAACACCCGUUGCAUUUUUGUUCACCAUGGCCAACAAAUCCACCUCUGAAGUUAGCCAUGGCCAGCUGCCCAAGACAUCGUCCACAUGCUUGACGGAGGGUGUCACUGCGGUGCAUGAUUUUGAGGUGGCCAAUUACCGGUUGCUGGAUGGCAUCGGCGUCGGCAAGCACGUUCGCUCAAGCAACUUCAGCGUGGGUGGCUUCGAAUGGUUUAUCAAUUUCUUCCCGGACGGGAGGAUGGCAGACUACGCUGGCUAUGCAUCAGUCUUUCUGGACCGUGUCAUCCAACAGAAUGACACGCAUAAUGUCAGGACUAAGUUCACCUUAAACAUGCUAGAGAAAGACGGCGAGGCACAAUUAACUAAAUGUGAUGAGAUUGAUCAUGUCUUUUCCUCAGCAAAGUCAUAUUGGGGCUACUUCAGAUUCGUUGCCAAAGUGAAACUGAAAUCAUCGUCGCAAGCCAGCAAUGGCUCCUUGAUUAUACGCUGUGUUCUCACCGUGAUAAAAGAACCUCGCACCAAGGUUAAGAGGAACACUGUUGUCGUUCCGCAGCCGAAUCUGCAAGAUCAGCUCUCCCAAAUGUGGAAGGAUGGCCAGGGAGCAGAUGUGACAUUCAGUGUGGGUGGCCAAUUGUUCAAAGCUCACAGAUGCUUAUUGGCUGCACGGUCUCUGGUUUUCAAGGCGGAGCUCUUGGGUUCGAUGAAGGAGAAGGAAACACACUGCGUCAAAAUUGAUGACAUCCACCCUGAAAUCUUUGAAGCUCUUCUUCACUUCAUAUACACUGAUUCCCUGAUAGUCGAUGAGCACCACAGAGAAGGUGGAAUUGCAAAACUGCAGCAUCUGCUAGUUGCCUCGGAUCGAUAUGGAUUGGAUAGGUUAAAUGCAAUGUGUGAAAGUAAAUUGUCCGAGUGCAUUGACGUGGAGACUGUUGCCACGACAUUGGUUUUAGCAGAGCAACACCACUGCAAGGAUCUCAAAGAAGCUUGCGUCGAGUUUAUGGCUCCACGGAAUGUUCUGCAAGCUGUCAUGGCAACCGAUGGUUUCAAGCAUUUGGUAGCAAGCUGUCCUUUGGUCAUGAAGGAGUUAUUGGACAUGAUGUCCCGCAGUGGCUAGUUCCGUUAAGAGGUCAAGGUAUCAUAUGUGCAACUAAUUACGCAGAUUGCUAAAUUUCAAUCCAUGUUCAGUUACCAAUGCUUCAGCUUAUACGUGUUACCAUGAUACUGUGACGAUUUUAUGUUUGCAUCUUGAUGUUACUUUUA